CGCUGCCCCGCGGCGGGCCGGCGCACCGAGGCUUCGUCAAUGGAAGUAUGUUACCAGCUGCCCGUGCUGCCGCUGGACAGGCCGGUGCCGCAGCACGUCCUCAGCCGCAGAGGGGCCAUCAGCUUCAGCUCCAGCUCCGCGCUCUUCGGCUGCCCCAACCCCCGGCAGCUCUCUCAGAGACGUGGAGCAAUUUCCUAUGACAGCUCAGAUCAAACUGCGUUGUACAUUCGUAUGCUAGGAGGUGACUUGAGAGGAUGCAUGACAGAGCCAGGAGUUCAGUCAACCUAUGAAUGUUUUCAGAGCUCUUGUGUAAUAUUCAAACAGCUGAGCACAAGAGAUGUGCGAGUAAGAAGUCGGGCAGGAUUUGAAACAGAGAGAAGAGGUUCUCAUCCAUACAUUGAUUUCCGUAUUUUUCACUCAAAUUCUGAAAUCGAAGUCUCUGUGUCUGCGAGAAAUGUGAGAAGGUUACUUAGUUUCCAGCGAUACCUGAGAUCUUCCCGUUUUUUCCGUGGUAUCACUGUUCCAAAUUCUUCAAACAUUUUAGAUGAUGAUUAUAAUGGACAAGCAAAGUGUAUGCUGGAGAAGGUUGGAAAUUGGAAUUUUGAUAUUUUUCUUUUUGAUAGACUGACAAAUGGAAACAGUCUAGUCAGCUUAACCUUUCAUCUGUUUAAUCUUCAUGGACUAAUUGAACACUUCCAAUUAGAUACGAUGAAACUUCGUAGAUUUUUGGUUAUGGUUCAAGAAGAUUAUCACAGUCAAAACCCUUAUCAUAAUGCAGUUCAUGCUGCUGAUGUGACUCAGGCCAUGCACUGUUACUUAAAAGAGCCCAAGCUUUCCAAAUCUUUAACUCCGUGGGAUGUUCUGCUCAGUUUAAUAGCAGCUGCCACACAUGACUUGGAUCACCCAGGCGUUAACCAACCUUUCCUAAUUAAAACAAACCAUUAUUUAGCGACUUUAUAUAAGAAUACCUCAGUAUUAGAGAACCAUCACUGGAGAUCGGCAGUGGGGUUGCUGAGAGAGUCUGGUUUAUUUGCACAUAUGUCAUUAGAAAACAGGCAGCUGAUGGAAAGCCAGAUAGGCGAUCUCAUUCUUGCCACAGACAUCAGUCAGCAAAACGAGUAUCUGUCCAUGUUUCGAUCCCACUUGGAUAGAGGAGACCUAUGUUUAGAGAAUGCAAACCAUCGGCACUUCAUUUUACAGAUGGCUUUGAAGUGUGCGGAUAUUUGUAACCCAUGUCGGACAUGGGAGCUGAGCAAGCAGUGGAGUGAAAAAGUAACAGAGGAGUUCUUCCAUCAAGGUGAUAUUGAAAAAAAAUAUCACUUGGGUGUGAGUCCACUUUGUGACCGACAGACAGAAACUAUUGCCAACAUCCAGAUUGGUUUUAUGACCUACUUAGUGGAACCUCUGUUUGGGGAAUGGGCCCGGUUUUCCAACACCAGGCUGUCACAGACAAUGCUUGGCCACCUGGGACUGAACAAGGCAAGCUGGAAGGGAGUGCAGAGGGAACAGUCUGGCAGUGGUGAUGAUGUUGACCCUACUUUUGAGGAAAUGGACUCAGACAUAUUACCUCAGGAACCUCGAUUGUCCUGACCUCAGUCCUCAUGACAAAACUGCCUCUUCUAUUGGUAUCUGCACGGUUGGAUUAAAGAAGAUAUGUGCCAGCCCAAGGUUUCAGUAAAAUGGUAAAAUGAUGCCAGCAUUAUUUAUUUCCAAGUUUUCCUUUGACACAGACCAUUUGAACCAGAAUUUUUUUAAGCCGCAAGAUUUGAACAUAGAGCAAUAUGCACCCACCUCAGCUGGUUUUCGUUCGGAACCUUGAAUAUGCAAAGCACAGCAGUGACUGAGCCUUGGAGCAACAGGACGAAAGCUUCAUUGUGCCACACAUGGCUUGGGUUUUUUGGUGAAAUUUGGAAUACAGUCUUCAAAUCUAAAACUUGAGAUGGAUUGUUCCACUCCCUUGGAAUUUAGCAAGAUUGCAUAAAUGUGUUCAAAGCAUACCUUCCACUCAGUCCCUGUUUUAAUACGGAAAUGUGAAGUGCCCAUCCUCUGCUGCCUCUGGCAAGACUUGAUGUUUACAAAUGUACUCUGAAACUGUCGGUUCUAGACUUAACCUUUGCGCAUGGCUGUGAAGGAACCACUAACUUCAGUUUUUUGCUUUUUUAAAAGAAAAAGAUCAAAUCUGAGACUGCAGCUCUCGUUUCUUUGGAUGCCAGAAAAGCCUCCCAUUUGCCAUAAUUUUGUUUGUGCACUGGGAGCUGAGCAUUCAUCAUAGAGCACAGCCAAGCUUUACUCCAGUGCUAUAUGGGAAUGCAAUUUUUUAACGGCAACAAAACACUUCUGAGUCUGGGAAGGGCGGGGUGGGGGUGGG